AUGAGCACUGUCACAUUUACUUGGCCUAGUGGUCCCAAGGAAGUUGUAGUUACUGGUGAUUUUGAUAAUUGGAAGGGUACUUUGCCAUUAGUCAAGUUACCUGGGAAUGAAGGAUUCACAUUAACUGUUCCAAUUCAACCGUCAAAAAAAACUUCAGAAAAAUUGUAUUUUAAGUUUAUCGUUGAUGGUGUUUGGAGUACCAGCAACAAUUAUGGAUUAGAAGCUAAUGCUGAAGGUAUUACAAAUAAUUUUAUUGAUUUGGACACCACUACCGCUUCUACUAUCAUACCAGAAUCAGGUUUACCAAUUGUCACUGCAACUAACAACAGCAACAUGCUUAAAAGAAGAAAGUCCAAAAAAAGAAUUAAAAUCCAAAGAAGAAUUAGAAAGAAUAAAUUGACUGGUGAAGAAACUGUAGUUAGUGAAAAAAAAACCAUUAUACAUGACAGUUCUGUAAAUGAUGAAGGUGACGAUGAAAAUGACGAAGAUUUCCAGGACGCUAGUAAUAUUUUGGACGAAACUAUUAAAACUACUGAUAGUACUCCUUCUCCUUCUCCCCAUACUGCUUCUUCUAAUUUUGCCACCACUUCAGGUAUUGUUAUCCCAAGUGACCCAAGUUCAAUUAAGGAAUUAAAUAAUCCAAUUCCAUUAGUUGAUGAACCAAAAAAGAUGACAAGCAUUAACAGCGAGGCUAAAAAAAUUGAAAAUGAAAAUAACUUUAAGCACACUGUAUUACCUAGAGAAGACACUAAAUUUAACUCUUUGGCCGGUGAACCGGGUCUUGUUUUCCCUAGACCUGAGGAUGGUGUUAUUAAAGAAUUUAGUGAAACGCGUGAUGUUGACCAAGAUGAAUUAAACACUAAAUUAAACAAACAACUAGAUGAAGAUUCUACUUUUCUUCAUAACAGUACUUCCCCAAAAGAUGAAGGGAGUAAUAGAAAUGCUGAUAUUAACACUGCAUCUGACGAUGUUGCCGCUGAAAAAAAUAAAUUAGCAGGUUCAACUGCUUUUACUGAUGGUAGAAAUGGAAAAGGAGAAACUCAUGCUGCAACGGCUAGUGAUAGCUUUAAAUUAGGAUCUUUACCACGUGAAGAAUAUCCUAAAACAGCCACGAUUUCCGGUGAGCCGGGUAUUCAAAUACCAAAAAAUCCAGAAAAUAUUAAAGCGUUUAGUGAAUUUAGCAAUAAUGAAAAGGAUAUUGAUGCUUUAAACAAAAAUUUGAACUCAGAAAUUGCUAAAGAAGCUGCUGAUGUUGGAUUUGAUUCUGCUGCUGCAGAAAAGAUUGAUAAAGAUAUUAAUCCAAUUGGUGAUCUGGAAUUAAAGACUAAAACCCUGGAUACUAGUAAAAAUGGUUUUAACCCCUUUAAUUUAGAAAGAGAUGCUGAAGAUAUUUUGGGUACUCAAACUGCUGGCUUAACCAAUAUCAGUGAAACUUUGGAACCAUUAUCUUUGGAUUCUGAAGCCAAAAAAAUUUUGGAUAAUAAGACUGUGACUGCCGCAACAGCAGCAGAGUCGCAACUUGGAAACAGUUUGAUUUCCACAUCUGGUAAAUCUCGCAAGGUUGAUUUGGAAAGUAGCUUAGCUAAUCCUAACGACAAUAAUAAUAAUAAUAAUGAUAAUGAGUUUUUAGAAGAUGUUAAGGCAAAAGGGAAGGAACAACAAGAGAAAGUAAUGAGUGAACCUGACUUAGUUUCCCGGGGCGAACACAGUUUGGAAAACACUACUGUCAACUCUGAAAUAAAAAAUACUGCUUCAUCAACCGGUCUAUCUGAAAAUGCGGUUAACAAUGAAAUAAAAAAAGCUACUGAAGGUGUCUCGAUUUCUGAUGUUGUUGAUAACACUGGACUAGAAUCUGCUGCUGAGUCCAAUCUUGGCAAGAAAAGUACUGGUAUUGAAAAAAAUCUAGAAAAUGCUGCUUCUCUAAAAACAGGGCUUACUCAUGAUGUUACUGCUGUUCCUGGCUCAAAUUCUGAUAUAGUUAAUGAAAAAAUUAAGGAGUAUUCUACACAAGAUGGAAUUCAAGGUGAGCUCAAAAAUGAAACGCAACAAUUGAACGCUAAAGUAGCCAGUCUUGAAAAGGAACAAAAAAGUGGCUUAACUUCUGUGAAAGACUCAGCUACUGAUAUAUCAGCUAACAUAAAAUCUGAACCAAACAAUUUGGUCGCUCAUACCAAGAAGAAUAUUGAUGAUAAUGUUAACAUUGCUUCUACAAAUAUAAACUCUGAACCAAGCAAUUUAACUACUAAUGUCAAAAAGAACAUCCAUGAUAAUGUUGAUACUACUGCUACGAAUAUAAAAUCUAAAUCAAGUAAUUUGAUUACUAAUGGUAAAAAAGAAAUUGAUGAUAACGUUGCUGCUGCUAGUGACUUUUUGAAUGGUAAUCUAUCCAGUGGUAAUACCGAUAAAACUGUUGGUACAUCUGAUAGCGAUAACAAGAUGACAUCUGUUUCUGGUGGCCCAGGGUUGGUUAUUCCAAAUAAAUCACAAACUGACAACGCUUUUAAUAAGGUACGUGACGAUGUGGACCAAGAGGAAUUGAGUACCAAAUUAAAUGAUGAAUUAAAACAAAAAGAGGGUAAGAAUGUCUCCGAUUUUGUUAAACCAUUAUCAUCCAAGAUUAGCAGUAGUGCUGCUGCUAAAACUGUUGGUGCUGCUGGUGAUUUUUUGAAUGGUAAUCUAUCCAGUGGUAAUACCGAUAAAACUGUUGAUACAUCUGAUAGCGAUAACAAGAUGACAUCUGUUUCUGGUGGCCCAGGGUUGGUUAUUCCAAAUAAAUCACAAACUGACAGCGCUUUUAAUAAGGUACGUGACGAUGUGGACCAAGAGGAAUUGAGUACCAAAUUAAAUGAUGAAUUAAAACAAAAAGAGGGUAAGAAUGUCUCCGAUUUUGUUAAACCAUUAUCAUCCAAGAUUAGCAGUACUGCUGCUGCUGUUAGUACCACAGCUGACGAGAAUAAUACAGCAUUAAACAAAGAAGAUGAUGCUUUAGAAAAUUCUACUACUUCUCCCGCUGAACCAAUGUUAAAAUCCACCAUUACUAAGACAAAUACUGAUGAGGACUUUGUUUCCGCACAUGAGGAUAAUGUUUUAAGCAGGAAAUCUAGUAGUGCUAGUAGUUUUAAGAAUACUGUUGAAAAUACCGAAAACAACGAGGGAAAAGAUAAUAGCAGAACUCUGGACCCAGCUAUUAUUGGUGAUAACCCAAUGGAUAAAUCUGAUAUUUCUACUUCUAAUAUUGAAAACGCAACAGAAAAACGGACAACAAAACGUACUGGUAUUAACAUUAAUCCACUUAUGAAAAAUGGUAGUAAGGAUGAUGAAAAGAAGGAACCUAAGCGUAGAGAAAGUUUAUUAACAAGAAUUGAACACGGUAUGCAUUUACCAGAAACUUCUGCAAAUAAAGAAACACAAGAAAAAGCCAUUGCUGGUGUGAAGAAAGUUGAAAAUGAAGAAAAGCAGAAAAAAAGCAAGGGCAAACAUGAAAAGGAGAGAGUUGAUUCUACUGAAUCUAAGGCGCAAGAAGUUGGUGUUUCCAAAACCGGUGAUAAGUUUCUUGAUAAAGAAAAAAGCGUAAAGGAAACGAUUAAAAGUAAGGAAGAAGAGGGAGAAAAAGACGUGAAAGGAAAAAUUAAAACAGAAAAAUCUGUUUCCAAACAUUCUUCACCUAAACCAACCAAGAAUACCACAACUGAUUCUGUUAAAAACCAUGGUGAUAAACCCUCAGUUAAAAAAGAUCGUCACCAAAGUUCCAGUACCAAAAAGAAGAAAUCGAGUAGUAAAAGCGGUUCAUCCAAAAAGAAACCAAGUGGUACCAAGAGCACUUCUUCUAAAAAGCAACCUUCUUCCACUUCUACCUCUAAAACAAUGAAUGAAAAGAAGGAAAAGAAACAUGGGUUUUUUAGCAAAUUAAAGAAGAUUUUUGAUUGA